CUGUCCAAACAUGGCUCAGCACCAAAUACUAUUAGUGAUUUUACUGUUCAUCACAGGUCGAAUUGGCUCUGUCUCAACCAACGGCCCAUAUGAGUGCAAGACCUUUGCUAGUGGCGUCAUACAGACUUUUAACAACACCAUGUUUCACGUGAAUUCCACAUGUCCUAUAAAACUGACAAGCUUCUCCCAUGCUGGAGUCGACUGUGAUAUCUCUGCACAGCGUGAUUCAAGUGGCUUCAUAAAGCGAGUUGAGAUUUCGAUCAAUAAAAUUGUUACAACAAUUCAGGAUGGCAUGCUCAAUGUGGAAGGAAAAAGUGUCUCUCUUCCAUAUGAUCAUACCUAUCAGCAUGUGUACACAUUUGGCAUUUACAAAAAGCUUAAAAGCAAAGUUUUGCCUCUUUUCGUCACAUGGUACAGCGAAGAGGCUAAGGGUGUCACUUCACUUUCAACUUGUAACGAUGUUAAAUCUCAUGUCACGGAGUGCCUGGGACAUCGGAUAGACGAUUUUAUCAGGCUCUGCAACCCAAACACAUACAAUGUACCUGAGGAAGUGAAGUGCUCAUUCUAUGAGGAGUUUCUGCGCCCCUGCAUUAACUCAACACUGACACCACGAUCAAGACUGCGAACAAUAACUUCAUGCAAAGCACCUUCCUGUCCUGGGGAUUGGAUAUUUCAUGAAGACGGUGAUGCUUAUCCUCCCACCUGCUCCAACCCCGAACAUCAAACCAAUGACCAGAUCAGCACUUGCCUUCCUCCAGAUGGUUCUGUCCUGAACGAUCGAGCUGAAGGCCACCAGAGUGUUAAGGUGGAGGAUUGUCCCUGUGUGCAUGGUAGAAAAACUUAUAACCCAGGGCACAGACUUGGCUUAAAGUGCCAAACUUGUGAUUGCAUCAAAGGAAAAUGGAAUUGUUCAGCUAAUACCUGUCAACCUCCAUGCAUCAUUGAAGGCUGGUUUGUCACUACCUUUGAUGGUAAACAAUAUUCCUUGCCCGGAACAUGUACCUAUAUGGCUGCAAAUGGAUCAAACUGGAAUGUGAUUAUCAAGUUUUCUAAUGUGAAAAUAGAUACAAUCGAGUUUCGUUUGGAUGAGUCAGAACAUGCCACAGUCUACUGGCAGUCUUCGAUGUUUGUCAUGGUCCACACAAGUUUUGAAAUGAAGAUGCAGGUCCAAGUUUCUCCUCAAGUUCAAAUCUACUUGUAUCUACCACAAAAUGAAACAACCAAAGGCCUUUGUGGAUCAUACAACCACAACACAGAAGAUGACUUCACUACAAGCAGUGGUAUUGUGGAAAACUCACCUCAGCCUUUUGCUCUAUCCUGGGCGGUGGGGACCUGCACGCCAAAUAAUCCCUUUGUUUGUGUCAACACUGACAAUGAGAGAUAUGCCAUAGAUAAGUGCAGCCAUCUGAAAAACAUGAGUGGCGUGUUUGCCCUGUGCCAUGACUAUGUGCCUGUUACCUCUUAUUUUGAUGCCUGUGUUAGGAGAACCUGCCAGUCAGCUACUGACUUAUGGGACCAUGCAUGUGUUGGCCUGGGAAACUACGCUAAAGCCUGCGCUAGCCAGGGCAUCGAUAUUGGUGACUGGAGAGCAGAAACAGAUUGCUCACGUGCAAAGGAGGACAAUGGAACUGUCAAGGUGAUCCAUGUCCAGGCACAUGUGAAGUCUUUGGCAAUGGACAAUACAAGACCUUUGAUUCCAAAAGGUAUCGUUUUGAUGGCCACUGUCAGUACACUCUGGUUGAGAUACUUUGAUGGCAAAGAUUUCAGAGAAGAGCUGCUGGCAUUGCGUCCGCUGGAGGACAACACCACUGCUGACAUCAUCUUGAGAAAACUGGAGGAUUUUUUUAAAAGCCAUGGAUUGCCCCUGGAUAAAAUCAACCUGACAUUGACAGAUGGUGCACCUGCCAUGAUUGGAAAAAACAAGGGUCUGGUGAGCAGGACAAAGACUGUCGCUCCUAAAACUAACGCACUCCACUGUAUCAUCCAUCAGAGCGUGCUGUGCGCAAAGCUAAGUGGGGAGCUCAAAGAGGUGAUGGAGAAACGAUGA